AGUGGAAAACAAUAAUCAUAAUAGUGUUUUUAAAAAUCGUUUUUUAGCGCAACAUGUGAUAUAGGGCGAUUGAGGAUACAAACAGAAUCUUAUAAUCCACGACUUCCUCGACUGGCAAUAUAUUCUACCUGUCAAAAUUAUUUAGAUCGAUUUGAUGGUGUGAUUUGCAGCAAAGUAAUUCUGCACUAAAAUCUAUAAUUCUAAGCUCGUUUUAGGAUCAGUGUCAUAUUUCACUGUUUGUAAAUUAAUUUUUAACCAAGUGUAAGCGAAAUCCAGCAUCAUGGGCAAUGAAAAUUCUCUUCCUAUGGAGCUCUGCUCAAACUCACGUGUUAACUGCAUUGAUUUUAAGGUGGAGAACUUCGACGCGGACGAGAUCCGGCGGCUCGGCAAGCGGUUCCGCAAGCUGGACCUGGACAACUCGGGCGCGCUGUCCAUCGACGAGUUCAUGUCGCUGCCGGAGCUGCAGCAGAACCCGCUCGUGCAGCGCGUCAUCGACAUAUUCGACGCGGACGGCAACGGGGAGGUGGACUUCAAGGAGUUCAUCCAGGGCGUGUCGCAGUUCAGCGUGAAAGGCGACAAGCUGUCGAAGCUGCGCUUCGCGUUCCGCAUCUACGACAUGGACAACGACGGCUUCAUCUCCAACGGGGAGCUGUUUCAGGUGCUGAAGAUGAUGGUGGGCAACAACCUCAAGGACACGCAGCUGCAGCAGAUCGUGGACAAGACGAUCCUCUUCGCCGACAAGGACGAGGACGGCAAGAUCUCCUUCGAGGAGUUCUGCAACGUGGUGGGCAACACGGACAUACACAAGAAGAUGGUCGUGGACGUGUAGACGCCUCCGUAUCCCCAUUACUUCUCGAGAAUAUUGUCGUUUUACUACUUCCAGCGAAAUUUCAGGGUUUUCACGUAGCUCAUGCUACCAUACUACAUUACAUUACGAUUGUAAAUCUCUGCAGAUGCAAUGCUCGGUCGGCCAAUAGUUACUUGACCUUGCUGCGUCUUGUGUACGCAUUGUUGUGAUUCUGGCCACGGCCGCUGUGUCGAGUAGCUGUGGCAUGUUCCUGUCCUAUAGUCUAGUACUACCCUUACUGGAAUACUAGUCUAUCGGCUGAUCGAGUGUUGUUUGCGGGGAACAUUAAGCAAUUAACCGCCUACGUUAAAUUAUAUCUCAAAUAGUCUCCAGUGUUUAAAACCAGUAGUUUCGAUAUAAUGACGUCCUUUUCUCGAGAAUUAGAUGGAAGGUAGACUUCUUGUCCUCUCGCUCUAGCUAGAACACUAUUCAAAUUUUGCGCGCGCUGCGUCCCAUGUGUCUUAGAGCCUCUGCACAGGAUGGCUUACUACGACGAAGGUUACAAUUAUGUGCAACAAGCACAUAAUUGUAACCUUCGUCCAUAAAUUUACAGCAAUUUUAAACAUCUACAAGCUAGAUAUAAUUUAUCUAAUAAAGAGCAUCGGUCCAUUUUGCUUUAACGCAUGCUACGACGUGACGUGUGUAAUGACGUACUGAGCGUGCGUGCGGGUUGCUCAUGCAUAAAGCUCAUCAUGUACAAAGGCUCUUAUAUUUUAUCGACGAGAAGACGGCGGGGAAACGGCGACCUGGAGUUGCUUAGCUCUCCGAAACACUUAAUUCCAAUGCAGCAAACCGCGUUGCUACAUUUUUACGUUGACUAUAAAGUUUCGAACCUUCCGUGGUAUUUAAUACUUACAACUUUUAAACAUCAACACUACUUCCUGGGCGCACUCCGCGUCAUGUAAACGAGCUCUCAUAAGCAAGGCCGUUAUUCGUCUUAUCUUUGUUGCGUGUUAAAACAAAUGCAGGCAUUUGUGAAGUACAAAUAGACACGUUGGGCGCAGCCAGCGUGGCUAUCAUCCUCCAUUAAACAUUAAUACUUAAAAAUAAGACAAACAUAUUUACUUUAUAUUAUACAUAGUUAUACAAAGUUAUAGGAAACUUAUUGUAGUCAAAUCGAGUGUAAUUUUUUUUAUUAUUUUGUUGCUUUAAUUUUAGUUUGUAUUGUUAUUUAGUGUUUUAUGUUGGAACAUUAGGUGUCGGUUCGGUCGCAGAUCGCUGUAGAGCCAGUGCGGAAGUGAGAUUUGCCUCACGCACGCCGGUGGUUGGUGCACUGUAGUUUAGUCCAACAUUUGCUCGCUGGUAAUCGAGGAGUAGUUUUCGAGUAUAGGAAUACUCAAAAAACACAGUAAAAUGGAUCACAUUUAAAUUUUAUUAAAACUUUAUUGCUUACAAUUCUUCAGCUAGGGCUUUUGGAAAACCUUUGCAGAAAAAAUGGGAAUACAGGAUUUGCGCUCCUUAAACGUUAGUGACGUUAGGUCCAUUUUACUUUAACGGUAUGGGGUUUUAAUAUAGCGAGCAAAUCCUGUACUCAGGCUAUUGCCUUGUAUUGCUCUGUGCUAAAAGAUUCAAACAAACUUAACCUUAGAUACACUAAUGAGAGAUUAUUAAACACCGAAACUUCCUUGCUUACGGUUACAUUGAGAUUUGUUUCUAUAAAGUAACGUCAAUACAGUAGUCCUUCAAACCCGUAAGUUUGCCGACAACUGCGCUGGCUAACUUCGAUGUUCCGAAACCGUAUUUUGCUGCAGCCCCCCUAGCACGAAUCUAGUAAUGUUUUGACCGAUCAUCGCAACGUAUAGCUCAGCUGGGAAAAACUUUUUCUACGAAAUCCGCACCCAUAACUACAUUUCGUUCGAUAGCGCGGAAAAGUUAUUCAGUUGAUUUUCCAUUACAAUUUCAAAACGCGAAUCUAUGAAAUCGUCAAAUGUAAUCGUAAAAAUACUUUAGUUACAUAUUCAACAGCCAAGUUUAAUAAACUAAAAUGUAUGGUUUGAAAACUGUGCUAAAAUUUUCCUCGUUAUAGUGAUGAAUAAUUGUGUUUCGGACAGCCGUUUGCGUGUCUAUCGCCACUCAGGGUUCUACUUUGAAUCAUCUCAGUUGUAGUACCUUUUGCUCGGUAUUCAGUAAAGCACUCGAGCCAAUUAACAACUAAGCAGCGUUGCUUUUAAGUAACUGUCGUCGAAAUAUUGCAUUGCAGUCCCCGAUUGAAUCGACUAGAAUAGUUAUAUUCAGUACAACAUCUUUUAAUUACUCGGUUAAACCGGUAUUGUCCGAGACAAACAAGGGACACCGCUUCCAACGAUUAUCGCUAUCGUUAUCUAAAGAAUGUAAGAAUCUGUGGCCUCGUAGCUGCAGCCAGGCGGGUGUCAAUAAUGCUGGUGACGUCAUCGAAACUAUAACUAUCAACAAUGUGAGUGCUGCCCUAGGUUUGCAAAAUACUACUUCAAAGGCCUAGCUAGAACUGAUCACACGUCUGCAUACAGCGUCCAGUGUACGCAUCGCUUUUUCAGACUCUUCGAUAGAUUUAUUGCUGGACAAUCGCUUGUAGGGAUUUAAUUUCGUCAGUCUAUAAGUGCGGUGCGUUUUCGAGUGAAGAUUCCUGCACUUUGGGCCCUUUAAUUCCUAAAAAAAUAUUUUAAUUAUUUAAUAUAAACGUUUUCAGUAUUUACUUGAAAGUUUAACAGCGUACGCUCUAUAUUUAUUCCGCGCGUGCUUAUAAAUGUGUGAUCAGGUUUAUAGUCUUGAUGAUAUGACUACCAAUUCAAUAAUGCAUUCUUUCUAUAAUAUUUUCUUUGUCCUGGCCCUGACUCUCUUUCGCAUUGGCACAUGGCAACUCCACCAAACUGUCGCGUCACAUUUGACACCGCUUAUACGAGUGCUGCCAAAUUGGACGUCACUGCGAGUGUGAUGGCGCUUGUUUGUCGAGGCCAGUACAGAGGUAUACCUUUCGACCGUCUGUAGGACGAUCUACUUCUUAUAUUAUAUAUCCAACACAUAGCUGUUUAUGAACACUUCUGUAAUGGUACAAAAUACGUGUAAUUUAUUACAAUUCUAGCGAAUACAAAUGUACAUACCAUACAUAUAAAAUGAAUAAAUGAUAAUACCAACACAAAAUACCACACCUCGUGGCAAGAACCAUAGACAAGUUAGGUUAUUGAGUUGCCUGGUGAAAAUCGAUUGGUGGAAGGUAAAUAUACGCCUAGGAAUAUUCUUUGAUUAGGCGUUACUUACUUAGGCAUUGCCUUGUUCGACGUGAGUGAAAACGGGCAUUAGUCUCUUUGAAAAGGGUUUUUUUCUGAAUAGAUACUUAAUUCGUAUUAAUGAUGAUUGCAGCCACUGAGCUAAUCGGCGAAAUCAUUAUCAGAUCUGGCAUGAAAUGCACAUAUUUAUUUUAAAAUCAGCUGAAUUAAAGAUUAUUGUACUCAAUUUUUUUUCCGAUGAACUAGCUUUUAAAUGUAUCGAAUUCCAAUCUAUAACUUUUGAUAUAUUCUGAAAUACUAAUAGCACCGAAAUUCGUUAAAAGCAAAUUAAGAAUAUUAAUUGAUUAAGAUUUUAAUAGUUUUAAGUCUAAUACACAUGUACGUGAAGUUUUUGUAUCGCUUUUCGUUUGCUCACUGGCCGCGGUCCCGGCUCGCGUCUCCGCUCGAGCCGACACGGAAGCGAGCGCACGAGAAUCUUAAAUCUCUAGUCACAUUUGUUGUGAAUUCAAUAUUUUACUCUUACGACUAUAUAUAAUUGCUGUCGUUUUAAAUUCAAAAGGCCUUUGUCCGCUAUGACACAGGGACCCGACGCUAUAUAAAGCUGAAAUCGAUGAAACCCAACGAGUCAACCGAGGGGGCCCUAGUAUACUUACUUUUUUUGAUUAAUGAAUGUUGGAUGGCCAACGGGAACCCUCUAAAGUCAUUGGGCCAAUAUGUACCUGCGUACCGAUGUCGAUAUUAUUUUUACUGUUUAAAUGGUUUAAAUGUGGUAGCGGAGGAAGGCCUUAUUUUAAAAUUACAAAUAUUCGACCGCUUAGUGGCUAUGUCGCUACUUACCGAUCGCUGGAGAGCUGAGUUGCACAGGCGAUUUUUGCAGUUGCACGACGGAGACACGCCACUUUCCCAUUGCUCAGGCGAUAGAAAAGUUGAAAAAUCUCGACUAGAAAGAUCAUUUGCUAUAUAUAUUUUGUUACCGUGCGUUGUGCGAGCUUUUGUCAGGCAAGAUCAUCAAUUCGCGGACCAAACAUAGUUUCUGGAGCACAACUUUAGGUAUUCGUCAUUAAGUACGCACCAUACUGUUCUUUAGCCUCAGUGCAAGAUUCGCCCGCUCGCAAUCGAGGAGUCGCUUUCGAGAAUGGAAAUUCGUGAGUAUUGGGGUAGAAUGUAUUUUAUUUGCGUUGAGUUAAGAGUACAUGAUUUGCGACUCUGUCACUCAAAGCAAGUGACAUUAGGUAAAUUAUACUUUGACUUUAUAGAGUUUAAUACUUACUCGAAAACGAAUCCUCGAUUGCGAGCGUGCACAUCUCGUACUAAGGCUACUGCUUGCCGACGCGAAUGCUCCGGUGAGUACCGUCCGUGAGGCAACUGCACUCGUCUCUGCGAAACAGAAACCAAACCAAGCGAUCAAGCCGAUAUAAGCCGUCAAGCGGUCAUAGCCUUUUGAUAUAAUAUACAGGGUUAUUCGAAAAAUAUAAACCUUAUAAGACCAACACAACUGGUACUUAUUUGCCGAUAUUUUUUAAAGUUGUUUCUUAUUAAUCUCGUUUUAAUUUUUACUAUAUUCAAUUCAAUAAUGUCUCUUGCAAAAGUACUGUAGCUAUAUAUAGUACAGGAUUUUGCGAACCGAGUGACAUUAGAACUAUUUAACUUUGACAAUACAUAGUUUGGCAAUCUAUUUCUCUUUUCCUCCUUUUUUACUAAGGCAACUUACUGGUUAUAUUGCAGAUUGUGGACUCAAAUGUAACGUCUCUAUAACUAUAUCAAUUAAGAAAAUAACCCUGUAUUUUUAUAAAAAUAAACUUACUAAUAUAUUGAGUGUGCAUGAUCUGAAGUUGAUUAACUAAAAAGACAAUUGGGCGGAAGUGUGGCCGCCGUGUCGCGGCCACGCGUGCUGUUUGUAAAUCAAGAUUAACAAUAUUAAUUGUAAUGUUAAGAGUUUCAAUUUAUUGCCUUACUGUGGGAACAGCGACCAACUAUUUUAUUAUUCUUCCUUUUAUUGUUGCGUCACUACUACAAAGUAGUUUAAUGUACAAGUGUUGGAAAUACAGACAUAAUAUGUUACACGUCUUUAUGUAAACAAUCUUUUUGAUUCGUUUUAAUGUUAAGUGUGCGUAAAUAAUAAUUAAAGCACACAUCUUCGUUUUUCCUUCAUUUUACACUAGUAUUUAUACUUUUUAAAACAUACUUUACAAUGGCAUCGAUAAUAUUGUUUACCUCAUACGACAGCUAAGAAAUGUUCAUGUAUUUAUUGCUGUUGUUUAUAUAAUUUGUAACUGGUCAGCUAGAAUUGAGUUGUACAUGUAAAUGUUAAGAAGUAAAUUGCCAUGUGAAUGGUAAUUUUUAAUAUCUGCGAUUGUCGUUGUUCCCAAUGGAGAACCCUGGAGUGUACCGUUCGUUUGGCCCACAGGGUGCCAACGUAUAUCGUAUUAGCUAUUAUCUCGGGCGCACUUGUAACACCCGAAACGACAGACCACGACGCAGGACGGGCGGGAUACUUAGUCUUUUACUAAAGCUAUAUAGUUGCUCGUCGGUACUCAACCGACGAGCAACUAUAUAGCUUUAGUAAAAGACUCGCUCGCAAUCGAGUAUUUAUUUCGAGUAUGAAAGUACCAGAAGGUCGAAGUAAAAUGGAUCUUAUUUAUAUUAUAUUAAAGUCCAAAUUUAACUACAACUCUUAAGGUAGGCCUUUUGUCGUUAAUUUCGUAAAACAAAAAUCAAAAGUACAAGAUUUACUACUCUAAAACUCGUCCUAGGACCAUAUUACUUUGACGAUGCUGAUUUUGAUACGCGAAAACGACUCCUCGAUACUAUACUGUAAGAUUUGGUCACUCGCUCGCGUGCUAGUCUUGUAGUAUGGCUACAGUUUCCAACAACAUGGUGUUGGGUAUUUGUAGUAUUUCUUGCUAUAGAAUAUCUUAAGCUUUUAAUAAAUUAUAUCCGUGAACACAAGGACCGACACAAUACGGCCACGCAAUGCUAUGUGGUCUGGUCUGUGAUUGUUUUUGAAAAUUCUCCUACGACUAUGAUUUAAUAAAAAUUAUAAAACUAUGUGACCAGAGACACACUAUCAGUAUCCAACACGCACUGUGACACCCCAAUGUCACAGUGCGCGUGGCGUUGGGUCGGUGUUACAGAUGCGUCCGGCCUUCAGUUGAUGUCGUGUCGUCCGCUCAUCUCCAUCGUAGGUAGAGUGUCUUUAAGUCUGUUCUCAACUGGAACUGAUUAUAAGUUUUAAUAAAUUUCCAAAUUUCAA